CCCCCUCCUCCCUUCCUGCUUUCCCUUUCAGCCCCCUCUUCUUUGGCCCCCUCCUCCCCACUUUCCUUUCCAUCCCUCCUUCCCUCCCUCCCUCUUUUCGUCCCUCCUCCAAUUUCUCCCUUCCCCCUUUUUUUUGGGGAGGGAGGAAAAAAAAGAGAAGAAGAAAUUAAUAAUCCUGGUGAACUCUGAGGACGUCACAACCUGGGCUGGCCAUAGAUGGGGCUGCAGAGUCCAGCAGGAGAGCCAGAAAGGAAGAAAGGAAGGAGACAGAGAGAAAGAAAGAAAGGAGAGUGGGGAAAAGAGGAGGAGGAGGAGGAGGAGAAGAUUGAUGGAUUGAUUGAUUGACGGGUUCCUCUUCUUUCUCCAGAGAUGUCUGGACAUCCCCCAACCCCACCGGCCCUUCAGCAAUUCCAAGACUUUCCCCCUUUCUUUUAGGGAGGAAAAGAAGAAGGAGAAAAAGGGAAGAAAGGAGGAGAGGAAGAGAAGCAAUUCCUCUUUUUUCUCUCUCUCUUAUUAUUGUGCGUUAAUUGUUCCUCUUGCAAAGGCUUCUUCUGGACGCUGCCUAGGAUUAAUCUCCUUCUCUGGAUCCCAUCAUCCUCCCAACAAAGCCCAUCAUCCCCAACACAAACAAGCCUAUUUUGGGGGAAGGAUGAAGAAGAACAAUUCUGCCAAGCGGAAGGGGCUCCAGGAUGCCAACCAGCAGCCGGCACAACCCGAAAAAGUCGGCUGGGUCCGGAAAUUCUGCGGAAAGGGCAUUUUUCGGGAGAUCUGGAAGAACCGUUAUGUGGUCCUCAAAGGGGAGCAGCUCUACAUCUCCGAAAAAGAGGUCAAAGAUGAGAAGAACACGCAAGAAGUCUUCGACCUGAACGACUACGAAAAGUGCGAAGAGCUCAGGAAAUCCAAAAGCCGGAGCAAAAAGAACUACAGCAAGUUCUUGCUCAGCCAUUCCAAGGAGCCGGGGAACACCGCUCCGAACCUUGUCUUCCUGGCCGUGAGUCCGGAGGAAAAAGAGUCCUGGAUCAACGCUCUCAACUCCGCCAUCACCCGAGCCAAGAACCGGAUCUUGGAUGAGGUUACAGUGGAGGAGGAAAGCUACCUGGCUCACCCGACUCGCGAUAGGGCCAAGAUCCAGCAUUCCCGGCGACCUCCCACCCGGGGCCACUUGAUGGCUGUGGCAUCUACCUCAACGUCUGAUGGCAUGCUGACCCUUGACUUGAUCCAAGAGGAAGAUGCCGCUCCGGAAGACCGCCACACCUGCGAGGAGACCUUCCGGGUGGACCUGGACAAAUCCGUCGCCCAACUGACCGCCGGGAGACGCCGUUCGGAUUCGGAGAACGUCAAGCCGCCGGAGAAGAGCCGGACAAACAGCCUACCGAGGCGGGAGGUCACGCCGUCGUGGGACAAGUUCUCCUAUUGCAAGGACUCCUUUGACAGAGGCAUGAUGUACACCCCUCAGGUGCCCAAGCGGCUCACCCUCUCCGAGAAGAACAAGUGCGCCUCGAUGGAGGAGAUCCUGUCUUGCCGGGACUCGUCCUCGGCGCACCGGGCCGUCUUGAGGAGAGGCCUGGAGGACCAGUUCGCCUCGGUGGAGCCCGAGCGGCUGACCCGCAUCCAGGAACUCGUCGCCUUGAAACUUGAAAAGACGCAGGAACUUCUGACGGAGGUGAGGGGCUACGGGGAAGGGAAGCGAGCGGAGCCGCCGGUCACCGCGUCGCCGACGUCCGCCGCUUCCUCGCCGGCGUCUUCGUCCAAGUUGGACUCGGGGGCCAUGCUGCAGGAGUCGGAGCGGCUACUGGGAGAGGCUUCUUCUCACUGGAGCCAAGCCCAGCAAGUGCUCCAGGAGGUCAAGGAACUGAGGAACCUCUACAAGCAGCUCGAGCUCCAACUCUCGGACCCAAAAUCUGCGCAAUCGCAAUACAGGAAAAGCCUGAUGUGAGCGUCCUGUGUGGCUUCUAGGCAUGUAGGACAGCGAGGAAGAGGGUUAAUAAGGAGUGGGUGUGUAUUCUUUUAUUUCCCCCCAAUUAUAAUGAUUUUACAGUG